GAGUGAUAACUUUUAGAACAAACAACGUUCGCGACGGCCAACGGCGACGGCGAUGACUAAAUCAACGAAUCAACUCGCAUCAACUCUCAUCAACUCGCAUCAACUCGGCGAACGCUCUCGUUCACCUCGCAGACGCCGCGGUCAUCAUCGCUUCCUCGGGCUCGUUCGUCUGGCGGGAGCCGCCGGCGCUCUGGGCGGGCCCUCGCAACCCUUCGCCUCGUCCCCAUCGUUCGGAACGUCGGCUUCGUCGUCAGCUGCUGCUGACGCGGGCUGCUCCGCCUUCACCGCCUCGACGUUCGUAUCAGCCUCAGCCUUCACCGCGGCAUCGCCGUCCACUGCGCCGCCGCCGUCGCCGCCGUCGCCGGACUUUCCCCGAGCCGCCGCGAGAGCCGCGAGAGCCGCCGCAGCCGCCGGAUCGAGCGUCCCGUUGGGUGUAACGGUUGGUGUAACGGUCGGUGCCGCCGCGUUCGUGGUCGUUCCCUGCGGGUUAUCGUCGCCGCGGUGCCCGUUCAAGUUAUUGCGGAUGAUCCCACCGAGCCCGCCGACACCGCCGAGCCCGCCGACACCGCCGAGCCCGCCGAGCCCGCCAAGCCCGCCAAGCCCGCCUAGGCCACCCAGGCCGCCCAGGCCGCCCAGGCCGCCCAGGCCGCCCAGGCCGCCCAGGCCGCCCAGGCCGUUCGAACCCGCGAUGCCGUUCCCCGCGUUCAGAAGCCCCGCGAGCCCGCCGAGAGCGGCGGCGGCGCCUGCGCCGGCACCCGCGUUCUGCGUCUGCUGCGUCUGCUGCGUCUGCUGA